AUGGCGUCUACAUCCGACCGAUCCUCAGAGCAAAAUAAAGAAAAUAUUUCACUUAUUUGGUUUGAUCCUAGCUUGAAUGAAGAAUCAACGUUAGCCGAUACGAUAAAAACGUUAAGAUCAAUCAAUGACUACGUGCUAAUCCAUACAAACGUAGAAGAAUGCGUUUCAUACAUGAAAAUGGUAACUAAUGAAAAGAUUCUUUUGGUGGCCUCUGGUACGUCAGUACCUACCCUGCUGCCGUUUGUGAUUGAUCUGAAACAACUUGAAAUCGUGUUUAUACUCAACGAUACAUGCCAAAACUUUUUAUAUCUAAUGGAGACGUAUCCAAAAAUAAACGGUAUAUUCGAUAAUCCCGAAGAGUUACAUGCAAAUAUUCAUAAACAUAUUCAUUUAUUAAAUAAACAAAUGGAAAAAUUUAGUUUCUACGAUCAAAAGCAAACUAUUUCAAUCGAUUUAUCUGAACGAACAGCCGCAUUUCUCUGGAUUCAAUUAGUCCACGAUGUUAUUCUUCGUCUUCCCUCGAAUCGACAAGCAAAGCAGGAAAUGAUCAACGCAUGUCGCGAUUAUUAUCAAGGAAAUGACAGAGAAUUGCAAUCCAUUGACGACUUUGAACAGAACUACACAAGCAAAGAUUGCAUACGUUGGUAUACCCGUGAGACAUUCGUCUACAAAAUGGUUAAUAAAGCAUUGCGCACAGAAGAUAUCGAACAAUUACAUACAUUUCGUUUCUACAUUAGUGAUCUUUCGUCGACGCUGGCACAUGAAUAUGAAAAAUUACAAGAAUUAGAUGAAUUAAUCACAAUGGUUUAUCGUGGUAGUCAGUUAACGAUCGACGAACUUGAACAGUUUCGAUUGAGUGAAGGUCAGCUGAUAUCCAUCAAUGGUUACUUUUCCACGAGUCGUUUACCACAUGUUGCUUUACAGUUUACAAACACGGAUAUUCAUCGUAAGGAUACUGUUCCCACCCUAUUUGAGAUCGAAUGUCAAACGUACGAAAGUAACUGCUCGGUUUUUGCUGAUGUUUCAAAGCAUAGUGAUUUUCCAUAUGAGAAAGAAGUUUUAUUCGAUCUCGGCACUGUUUUUAAAGUCGAAAGAGUGAGAAAAGAAGAUCAGAUUUGGAGGAUAAGUUUAAGGGCGACCGAUGGUGGUCAAGAAAUCGCUCGACAAUACAUUGAAGAGACGAGAAAAGAAAUGGAGGGAGAUAGUGUAACAAUAUUGUUUGGUAGAUUGAUGACUCGAAUGGGUCGUUAUAAAAGCGCAGAGACGUAUUUCCAGCAGCUAUUGAUAGACUCGGAAUCCGAAAAUCCUGCACAUAUUCACAAUCAACUUGGAUUAGUGUAUCAAGCCAUGGCAGAAUUUCCUCAGGCCAUGAACCACUUCGAUAGAGCAUAUAGAUUGAUGAAGAAUUCAUAUCCACCAUUUCUUCGAGAUUCAUCACAUGUUUUGCGUAACAUCAGUCAAGUCCUGAGGGAACAAGGACAUUACAAAGAAGCACUUGACUAUAGUUUGGAAGCAAAGGAAAUGUUAGAUAAAUUAAGUGACACGUAUGAAUUAGACAUGGGACAUUGUCUGCAUAGUAUCGGAUCGUGUUAUCGAGAUCAACGAGCAUAUACGGAAGCACUCGAUUCAUAUGAAGAAGCUUUGAAUAUAAAACGUGCUUAUUUGCCUGAGAAUCACGUUUAUAUAGCUAAAACUUUAAAUUCUCUCGGUCUUUUACAUUACAUGAUGAAAAGUUUUGAGAAAGCAUUGAACUACUAUGUUUCCUCUCUUGAAAUGUAUCAAGCUUGUUUGCCUGGGGACCAUUCUGAUAUAGCGAAUGUCCUUCAUAAUAUUGCCGAAUGGCAUCAACAGAAACAUCAGUACGAUGGAGCCCUUCAUCAUUUUCAAUUAGCAUUGGCAAUGAAAGAAAAAUGUUAUUCUUCAGAUCAUCCGUCCAUCGCCACGACGUUAAAUAGCAUCUCCUCUAUUCUAGGCGCGAAGGGUGACAAGAUGAAAGCACUGGACCUGUGUUUGAAAGCAUUAGAUAUGCGAGAGCGACUAUUACCCUACGAUCACCCUGAUAUAAUAAUAAGUCUUAAUAGUGUCGGACUUCGAUAUGAGGGAAUCAAAGAAAAUCACCUUGCUUUGAAAUAUUUUUCACAAGCAUUGGAGAGAUGCAGUAUGUCUUUAUCGGAAGAUAAUCCAUUACGAAAAACUACUGAAAAACAUAUUUUUCGAUUGAAGCAAAAACUUGCAUAA